AUGAGACUCGAUUCUCUUAAUUCAUCUGCUCCCGACGGCCACUUGCCAAGCAAUUCGUUUUCUUACGCUUCUCCAUCAACAGGCCAGAUUGGACCUUUAACGAAAGAAGUAUCACGGUACUCUCGAGACCUGCCCUGCAGUAUUGGUAUGUCUGGCGUUACUUCACAAUUGGCAAGGCCACCUGCUGGAGCACAAGCCUCACACACUUGUUGCGAAGUCUUAAAACAGUUUGCUCCCUCAUUCACUAACGUAUCUGCCAUCACCAUGGCUAAAAAGUUAAGUACUCCACGACAUACUCGCCUAUUUUCGGCGACACAAUGUCCGGAGAGGUUACCGCCUCACACACCUACUCAUUUGUCGGAAUCGCCCACUGGCUGGCCUCAAAAUCGAAUUCCUCUGCAUGCUGAUACUUCCAUCAGCCAUUUGACAAGCUCUGCUACACCUAUGAGUGCCAGCUGUGGUGGUUGCUGGUGGGCACCGCAGAGGGCUAAUAGUGCUGGCGAAAUGGUUCCGCUCACUGGGCUGCAGGGUUCAUCUUUGGCUGGCAUUCCGACCAAUGGUGCCUCAGGCGUUAAAGGGAGUGCUAUCUUAGCAGUCGGUCUGGCUAGUUUGCCCCAGUCUUCCACUUUCCAGACGCCCUCGCGCUUCGCUAAUACCUCGGCAAACAACAGUCUUUCUCAAUCUCCAGGUGUGUCUAUUACAUCAUCCUCAGAGGAAGUGAUUUUAAUUGCUACCUACUUGCCUUGGUCAGCGCUUUGGAGUUCGACUUCUGUUUGCACGACUCUAUUCGCUGCGCUUAUAGUAAAUUCUGUCAUUCAAUUGUUGUUUAUGUUUACUAUAACUCUGCGUCUAAUCUGUCAUGCUUGA